UCAGCAGGGCGGGAGUCAGGCAGGAGUGGCCAGUAGGAACCAGUCCCUGCUCCUCCUGGGCUGACCCAGCUGCCUGCAGGCCUUACCUCAGGCUUGGGACGCUCUUACCUACCAGCAGAAUGUGGCUGUGUGUUGCUUUGCCUCUGCUCACACGGUGAGGGGGCAGCCCCCUUGCAGUGGGCCUGCUACAAGGGGGAUGUGGGAGGCUUGCUCAUGGGCUCCCUGAAGAAGAUGAGCAGCUCAUUCAAGCGGGGCUCACUCAAGAGCUCCACAUCCGGGUCCCAGAAGGGCCAGAAAGCUUGGAUUGAGAAAACAUUUUGCAAAAGGGAGUGUAUUUUUGUAAUUCCCAACACCAAAGACCCAAACAGGUGUUGCUGUGGUCAACUAAUCAACCAGCAUAUCCCCCCUCUGCCUAGUGCAACACCCAGCAAAAAUGAAGAGGAGAACAAACAGGCGGAGACUCAGCCAGAAAAAUGGUCUGUCAGCAAACACACCCAGAGCUACCCAACAGAUUCCUAUGGGAUUCUUGAAUUUCAGGGUGGUGGAUACUUCAAUAAAGCCAUGUAUAUCCGUGUAUCCUAUGACACCAAGCCAGAUUCCCUGCUUCAUCUCAUGGUGAAAGACUGGCAGCUGGAACUCCCCAAGCUCUUAAUAUCCGUGCAUGGUGGUCUCCAGAACUUUGAGAUGCAGCCCAAGCUGAAGCAGGUGUUUGGGAAAGGUCUGAUCAAGGCUGCCGUGACCACAGGGGCCUGGAUCUUCACAGGGGGCGUCAGCACUGGUGUCAUCAGCCAUGUGGGGGAUGCCUUGAAAGAUCAUUCCUCCAAGUCCAGAGGCCGGGUCUGUGCUAUAGGAAUUGCUCCAUGGGGCAUGGUGGAGAAUAAGGAAGACCUGGUUGGAAAAGAUGUAACAAGAGUGUACCAGACCAUGUCCAACCCUCUGAGUAAGCUCUCUGUGCUCAACAACUCUCACACUCACUUCAUCCUGGCUGAUAAUGGCACCCUGGGCAAAUAUGGUGCUGAGGUGAAGCUGCGGAGGCAGCUGGAAAAGCACAUCUCUCUGCAGAAGAUUAACACAAGACUGGGGCAGGGUGUGCCGGUCGUGGGCCUCGUGGUGGAAGGGGGCCCUAACGUGGUUUCCAUUGUCUUGGAAUACCUCCGAGAAGACCCUCCAGUCCCCGUGGUGGUCUGUGAUGGCAGUGGACGAGCCUCGGAUAUUUUGUCCUUUGCACACAAGUACUGUGAAGAAGGAGGGAUAAUAAAUGAGUCCCUCAGGGAUCAGCUUCUAGUUACCAUUCAGAAAACAUUUAAUUACAGUAAGACACAAUCACAUCAGCUGUUUGCAAUUAUAAUGGAGUGCAUGAAGAAGAAAGAACUCGUCACUGUGUUUAGAAUGGGUUCCGAGGGUCAGCAGGACGUGGAGAUGGCAAUUUUAACUGCGCUGCUCAAAGGAACCAAUGCAUCGGCUCCAGAUCAGCUGAGCUUGGCACUGGCUUGGAACCGUGUUGACAUAGCACGAAGUCAGAUCUUUGUCUUUGGGCCCCAUUGGCCGCCCCUUGGAAGUCUAGCCCCUCCAGUGGAUACUAAAGCCACAGAGAAGGAGAAGAAGCCACCAACAGCUACCACCAAGGGGAGAGGAAAAGGAAAAGGCAAGAAGAAAGGGAAAGCAAAAGAGGAAGUAGAGGAAGAAACUGACCCCCGGAAGAUCGAGCUGCUGAACUGGGUGAAUGCUCUAGAGCAAGCAAUGCUGGACGCUUUAGUCUUAGAUCGAGUUGACUUUGUCAAGCUCCUGAUUGAAAAUGGAGUGAACAUGCAACACUUUCUUACCAUUCCGAGGCUGGAGGAGCUCUAUAACACAAGACUGGGUCCACCAAACACACUUCAUCUUCUGGUGAGGGAUGUAAAAAAGAGCAACCUUCCACCUGAUUACCACAUCAGCCUCAUAGACAUAGGGCUUGUGCUGGAGUACCUCAUGGGAGGAGCCUACCGCUGCAACUACACUCGGAAAAGUUUUCGGACCCUAUACAACAACUUGUUUGGACCAAAGAGGCCUAAAGCUCUUAAACUUUUGGGAAUGGAAGAUGAUGAGCCUCCAGCCAAAGGAAAGAAAAAGAAAAAGAAGAAAAAAGAGGAAGAGGUCGACAUUGAUGUGGACGACCCUGCCAUGAGUCGAUUCCAGUACCCCUUCCACGAGCUGAUGGUGUGGGCUGUGCUGAUGAAACGCCAGAAAAUGGCAGUCUUCCUCUGGCAGCGAGGGGAAGAAUGCAUGGCGAAAGCCUUGGUGGCCUGCAAGCUCUACAAGGCCAUGGCCCAUGAGUCCUCCGAGAGCGAGCUAGUGGACGACAUCUCCCAGGACUUGGACAACAAUUCCAAAGACUUUGGCCAGCUUGCGGUGGAGUUGUUAGACCAGUCCUAUAAGCAUGAUGAGCAGAUCGCCAUGAAACUGCUGACCUACGAGCUAAAAAACUGGAGCAAUUCAACCUGCCUCAAACUGGCUGUGGCGGCCAAACACAGGGACUUUAUCGCUCACACCUGCAGUCAGAUGCUACUGACUGACAUGUGGAUGGGAAGGCUUCGAAUGAGGAAAAACCCUGGCCUGAAGGUUAUCAUGGGAAUUCUUUUUCCCCCCACCAUCUUGUUUUUGGAAUUUCGCACAUAUGAUGAUUUUUCAUACCAAACAUCCAAAGAAAAUGAAGAUGGCAAAGAAAAAGAAGAUGAGAAUAUGGAUGCAAAUGCAGACGCUGGCUCAAGAAAGGGGGACGAAGAGAAUGCACACAAAAAGCAAAAAAGUAUUCCCAUUGGAACAAAGAUCUGUGAAUUCUAUAACGCUCCCAUUGUCAAGUUCUGGUUUUACACAAUUUCAUACUUGGGCUAUUUACUGCUGUUUAACUAUGUCAUCCUGGUGCGGAUGGACGGCUGGCCCUCUCUCCAGGAGUGGAUUGUCAUCUCCUACAUUGUGAGCCUGGCAUUAGAGAAAAUACGAGAGAUCCUCAUGUCAGAACCAGGCAAACUUAGCCAGAAAAUAAAAGUGUGGCUUCAGGAGUACUGGAACAUCACUGAUCUUGUGGCCAUUUCCAUGUUCAUGAUUGGAGCAAUCCUUCGCCUCCAGAACCAGCCAUACAUGGGCUAUGGUCGGGUCAUCUACUGUGUGGACAUCAUCCUCUGGUAUAUCCGUGUCUUGGACAUCUUUGGUGUCAACAAGUAUCUGGGGCCCUACGUGAUGAUGAUUGGAAAGAUGAUGAUUGACAUGCUCUACUUUGUGGUCAUCAUGCUGGUCGUGCUGAUGAGUUUUGGAGUAGCCCGUCAAGCCAUUUUGCAUCCAGAAGAGAAACCUUCUUGGAAACUGGCCCGAAACAUCUUCUACAUGCCCUACUGGAUGAUCUAUGGAGAGGUGUUUGCAGACCAGAUAGACCUCUACGCCAUGGAAAUUAAUCCUCCUUGUGGUGAAAACCUCUAUGACGAGGAUGGCAAGAGGCUCCCUCCCUGCAUCCCAGGGGCCUGGCUCACACCUGCUCUCAUGGCAUGCUAUCUACUAGUAGCCAACAUCCUGCUGGUUAACCUGCUGAUCGCUGUUUUCAACAAUACCUUCUUUGAAGUAAAGUCAAUAUCCAACCAAGUGUGGAAGUUCCAGCGAUACCAGCUGAUUAUGACAUUUCAUGACAGGCCUGUCCUGCCCCCUCCAAUGAUUAUUUUAAGCCAUAUCUACAUAAUCAUUAUGCGUCUCAGUGGUCACUGCAGGAAAAAGAGAGAAGGGGACCAGGAAGAACGGGACCGUGGACUAAAGCUCUUCCUCAGCGAGGAGGAACUGAAGAGGCUGCACGAGUUCGAGGAGCAAUGCGUGCAGGAGCACUUCCAAGAGAAGGAGGACGAGCAACAGUCGUCCAACGACGAGCGCAUCCGGGUCACUUGUGAGAGAGUUGAAAGCAUGUCAAUGAGGCUGGAAGAAAUCAAUGAACGAGAAAAUUUUAUGAAAACUUCCCUACAGACUGUUGAACUUCGACUUUCUCAACUCGAAGAAUUAUCUAGCAGAAUGGUGAAUGCUCUUGAAAAUCUUGCAGGAAUUGACAAGUCGGAUCUGAUACAGACCCGGUCCAGAGCUUCAUCAGAAUGUGAUGCAGCGUACCUUCUACGGCAAAGCAGCAUCAACAGUGCCGAUGGCUACAGCAUGUAUCGGUAUCACUUUAAUGGGGAGGAGUUAUUGUUUGAGGAUUCUUCUCUUUCCAUGUCACCAGGGACAGGAUUCAGGAAGAAAACCUGUUCCUUUCGUGUGAAGGAAGAGAAGGACUCAAAAAUACACCUACUCCCUGAACGCCAGGACAGCCUUCACUUUUCUUCAAGUCCAAGCCCACCAGCAACACCAGACCGCAAUCGACUUGGGGUAGACAACUCCAAGAACACUUCAGAACCCAAAGUAGGUCCAAAUAUUGGGAUUUCAACUGAAGGUGAUGAAAGACAGGAAGACUCUAAAAGAGCAGAAACAGUUUCUCCAGAUUUAAACCCAACAGAUGUUAUGCACGGACAGAACAAAUCAGAUUUUCCAAACACUCAGUUAACAGUAGAGACGACAAAGAUGGAAGGCACAAUUUCCUAUCCCCUGGAAGAAACUAAAAUUACACGCUAUUACCCCGAUGAAGCAGUCAAUACUUUUAAAACAAUGAAGUCCAGAAGCUUUGUCUAUUCUGAGGGAAGAAAGGUGGUUGGUGGGUAUAACAAAUGGAAUGCUGAGUACAGUUCAGUCAUGGACCAAGCAUGCCCCUCGACAGUUCAGCAAUGGACAGCCGAGUGGAAAUAUCAGGUGCAGAAGAUCACACGGUCUCGUAGCACAGAUAUCCCUUCCAUCACGUCAGAAACUGCAGUGCAAGCAGAGCAUAAAGAGCAGCCGACAGAUAGCAGAGAUGAGAAUUAUGUUUCUCAAAGUAUCCCUCAAAUCUCUCAUUUGUCCUUCACUGUUACUGACAGAAUGGAAAAGGAGAACUCAUUGUCUGUGAAACCAGACCAAACUUUGGGAUUCCCAUCUCUCAGGUCAAAAAGUUUACAUGGCCAUCCUAGGAAUGUUAAACCCCUUCAGGACAAAUUAGACAGGUCCGGACAAGCCAGCAGUGUAAGUAACCUAGUAGUUGUGUCUGCAACUGCAAUGGAAGAACAAAAGAUUGAGCACGAGAACACUUCCACAGAAACUGAAUGCUGAUCUGUUUUGUUUUGUUUUAAACCAGAACCACAAAUGGGUGCCAUCGUGGCCAUCUAAAUUUCAUCAAUUGCUGAAAAUGUUUUCAUUAAAAAAUGCUGGAAAUGUGAAUUUAAAUUUCAAGGCACUACAUUUAAAGUAGUAUUUUGUUAACAUAUACUAGCAAACUGAGGUUUUUUUAAUUGAAGCAGGAUCAAAUGAAAGUGACAAUAUGGCAAUGGAGAUAAACUGAUUAAUCAGCAUGCAAAAUUAAUUAUUAGGAUAUUUUUAUUCCUGGGAGCCACUGAGUAGCCUAAGAAAUGCCUUUCAGCAUGUAAAUCGCCAUCAGGUCACCUAAGAAGUAAGCAAAAAUGGAAAAAAAGAGGGGGUGCUGAGGGGGGAUUUAAAAUAAGAUUAUUAUGUGCAAGAAGAAGUGGGAAGGAGCCAUACAACUCAUGAGUUUUUUUGUUUAUGUUUCAAUGUUUUGUUUUUAAAUCGCACAAUGGGGGGAAAGUACACAAUUACAUCAAACACACAUCACACUCUAACAAUUUAGAGUGACCAAGAGUUUUGUUAAUGUGUAAAAAUAAAAUAUUCAGUAUGCAUCUGUCUGUUGUCAAAUGGUCAUCAAUAGCAAACACAAAUCAAUUGUAUCUAGGUGAUGAUUUAUGUCAAAGCUAUAGCUAAAACCUAAAGGAUACACAAUCAAGAACAAUAUAGAGAUGAAUCUCCAAAAAAAAGGAGCUUUAUUUAGGAAGAAAGAAUUGGAUUGCAAUCAAGGACACACAUGCACAAGCCGGGGUGGCUUCUGGUAUGUCCAAAGAACAAAGGAAACAUUGGGGGGGGGGUUUAUUAGGACAGAGAAAUCUAUGAAAGUUAGAAUAAAAGAAAAUUCAUUGACACUUUCCUUGCUUCUGGAAGCUGGCAAGCUUUAACUGGCAAGUGGAGGCAUUUGUAUGUAAAGCUAGUCUUAAGGUUCUGCUGGUAGGUAUGUUGUCAGUUGCUAAGCAGAAUCUUAAAGCCAGGGCAGGCUAUUCUACUGGAUUGGGCUCAUGGCAUAGUUCUGGAUGCAUUUGUGACCUGGGUGUUUUCCUUUUCCCACACCCUCAACUUAUUUUAGUGAGGUGUGCCAGGAGUGACUCCAGUUUGUAUAAUGAAUUUUCACAAAAACAAACACCUAUCAGAGUAUUAGCAACCCAUGCAAGAGUUCAGGGGCAGGGGGAACUGACUAGGAACUCUUAAGGUCAGCACUACUCUUGACAAAAAGGAGUGGAGGGGGCAUUAAGGGCUCUUCUCUGGCUAGAAUGGAAGUUAGACUCUAGGUUCUCAUACCUCCCAACUGCAACACUUAUAAGGUCUCAGGGGAGUCUCUGGACAUCAUCUUCUCUGGAGUCACUGAACAGCUCUUACUUCACUGAGAAAGAACCUUUGGAUAGAGAGUAUCUAGGAACUGGUGUAGUGGUGGGCAGAGGACAUGUCAGAAAAGGGAGAUGAUCAUAAAACAAGAGAUCAACACUUCCCUUCUCAUCAGAGAUGCAGACUAUCACGUCCAGGAGGAAAGAAAGGCAUAGACACACAAAAAGACAGAUGGAGACAGUGACACAUAAAGUCAGAGACAGAGAAACAAAUGAGAUUGUGGUCUAUUCCAUGGCAGAGGCUUACUGAAAUUAUCCAAAGGUAGUGAUCAGAGAUGGUAAUACCUACAUGUAAAUGAAUCUUUUUUCUCAAAAUAAGAUUUGAAAAUUUAAGGACUGAAUUUAUCAUAAAGGACUGAUCUGCCAUUGCUGGGUCAUGUGCUCUGAAAUUUAAUGAACAAUAAUAUUCACUUAAUAAAUGAAACUAUUAAUUGCA